UCUGUGCGCUCCCAUUCAUUUCCUGAGAACUGCCCGAGCCGAGCAGCUGAGAGGCAGAAGGGAAGGGGAGGGAGCCACUCACACACACUCACACAUAUACACACACACACACGCUCACACUCCGCACAUUCACGCAGAGUGAGAGGAGCGAAGAGGAAAGGGAGAGGAGACGAGACAGAGAGGACUGUGGAAAGGGAAGCAGUCUCCUAGUCUCCACGGUCCUGCAGCUUUUGACAAGGCAGCCCAAGAAACAGGAUGUUAAUGCUUGACGGAAUGCCUGCAGUCCGAGUCAAAGCCGAGCCCCUGGAAUCGGAACAAGGGUCACCUAAAGUUCGACCUUACUCUGCGAUGGAUGGCAUCCCCUUCAUCCUCACCAGAGUAAAAUCGGAACCCCCCGAAGACCUGCUCGCCCACGACCUGCACUUCCACACGCAGACAGAACCUGUGGACCUGUCGAUCAACAAGCCCCGCCCCUCGCCCUUGUCCAACACCACCGCCACUAGCACGACCUCCUCCUCCUCGUCGCCCCCCCACAGAUCCGCCUUCUCCCCGUCCUCGUUGUCGUCAUCCUCCUCCUCCUCCUCGUCUUCGCCGUCGGUCAUCACCUCGGCCUCCUCGGUGCUCACGCCAGGCCCCCUGGUCGCCCCCGGUAGCGGGGUGAGAGGUCAGCCGUAUUUGCACAUCUUGCAGUCUGUGCCGCCGCCCCCGUCCAGCCCUCUGAGCCUGCAGGGAGCCGGGAAGUUGGCCGGCCAUGUUCACCGCAUCCCGGUUGUGGUACAGUCACUGCCCCUCAUGUACACCACUGCAGUGCGAUCGCCCUCCAGCCUCAACAACGCUAUCAUGCUACCUCUGCUGGAAGAGGCCAAAAGCCAGGGCAAAGCACACACGGACCCCAACGGCCUGUCACCGAGGCAGAUCAAAAGUGACAGCGACGACGAUGACCUGCCGAACGUUACCCUGGACAGUGUUAACGAGACCGGCUCCACGGCGCUGUCUAUAGCCCGAGCUGUGCAAGACUCCAUGUCCCCGUUCAGUAUUGACAGCAUCCGACGCCCCCGGAGGUCAGAGUCACCAGACUCCAAGAAGCGGAGAAUCCACAGAUGUGACUUCGAGGGUUGCAAUAAAGUGUACACCAAAAGCUCCCAUUUAAAAGCACACCGAAGGACGCACACAGGGGAAAAGCCAUACAAAUGCACCUGGGACGGCUGCACCUGGAAGUUCGCCCGCUCCGACGAGCUGACGAGGCAUUACAGGAAACACACGGGCGUGAAGCCCUUCAAAUGCGCAGACUGUGACCGCAGCUUCUCCAGAUCCGACCACUUAGCCCUGCACCGACGGCGACACAUGCUGGUGUGAAGCACAACAGGAGCGAUUCAGAGAAGAUGUCAGUGAAGGAGACGCAGGCGCACGCACACAUCCACACGCAGACACCCUCAGACACACACACAGGCAGCCAAGGGAGCGGGAUCUCCCUCUGAAUGUUCUUCAGCUGGCCUGGACUCCCAGAAUCAAGCACACAGACGCGCUCACACACACACACACGCACACCCUCUCAUCCUUCACAAGCAGAGGCGGGGAAGCUGGAUGGACGGUCGGAGCCGAAAACAGGGUGACUUCUGGAUCCUCUUUGGAUCAAUGGCAGGACCUUUAACCGUCAUUUUUCGAACAAUAGGGAACUGUUUUUAACAGCACUGUUUGUUGAUCUUUCACUUUGAUUAUUAUUAUUAUUAUAGUUUUUUUUUUUUUGUUUUUUUUUAGGAUGAAGUGGCACUCUUUAAAUUUGGAUUUUACUCACUUUACAUUACAGCUGCUUUUCCAGCAUUGAUAAUGUGAAAGACCCCAUUGAAUUCAGAGCCGGAAGAAGUUCGACCUGGAGAGGAUUUUUACAGGAAAAGACUCGGCCUGAGUUGGAUUUACAGACAGUAUUUUCUUCUUUUUUUUUUUUUUUGCUUUGCCUCCCUGUGAGUGUUACACACGACCAGCAGAGGGCAGUGCUUGAUCACGGAGGGCUUACACGAACCUAUCCGUCACACCCAAGGCGUUUUUUUUCCUUGAGAGGCUAAAUGAGGGUUGGACUUUCACCGUUUUCUGCAGCCAGCAAAGUGCAAAUACCUUCACAUGGAUGGAUCCAUUUUUAUCCCCACGCCCACUCUCUCAGCCAUUAGCUGCUUUCCUGAAAAACAAAAACAACAACAAUAACAACAAAAAAGAAAAACGGCAGAAACUGGACAUGCCUAAUCAUCACACCAGCAAAGAAGCGCCGUGUUAUCCCAUGGACAUCAGACAACCCCCAUACUUCAUCAGUGCUUUUCUUUAUUUUGAGCCUCUUUAAAGCAUAUUCUUCAAGCGAAUCUUAUGUGGAUUUUGAGCUGUGAUUAGCAAUCAGUAAAGUGCAAUCUUAAAGAAUAUAUAUAAAUAUAUAUAUAUAUAUAUAUAAACUCUCAGUAUAAAAUGUUUUCUUUAUUGAAUCUUGCUUUUUUUUAAAAUACCUACUUAUUGCUUAUGUUUGAUUCUGACAAAUACAACCCCCUCAUGUACAGCAAUCUUUGAAACAAUCAGAAGAGAGUAUGUGGAAAAGAAUAAAAAAAACAACAACAACAGAG